CAGAUGGUGUGGGCACAAUAAGCGGCUAUUCACGGACAAUACCAAAAAAGGAGGGACAGAGUUUUCAUAAUAGUAAUAAAAUAUUAGUUCAGAGUUCAGCUAUUCACGGAACAUUAAUAAAUGUUUCGUAACAAAGUACUGAUAUAGGUAUUUGAAUGAGAUUAGCAUGCAUAUUCGACUACAAACACGCUUUUCGCGUAUCUACCGUUUGACGUACACCAAGGUCGGCGAGGAAAGAAAUCGGAUUGGUGGGUUUAAAUAUCAGCAUGAAGUUGGAUGCUCUUCUUUGAGUGGCACCGGUAAAAUAUGUGAUCAUAUAACACGUUCAAGUUUGCAGGCAGUGAUGGCAGAACCGGCACUAGCAAAAAAUCACAAAGAAAAGCGUGUUUUUAGGUUCAGUGACUAUGAUUGUAUUGGCUUUGAUCUUGAUAACACAUUAUGUAGGUAUAAACUUACACAGAUGGUGAAAUUAGAGUACGAAGUUUUAGCAGAGUAUUUAGUGACGCAGAAAGGCUAUAAUGCGGAAUAUUUGUUGAAGCCGCUGGAAACAGACAUAGAUUUUCUCCAGAAAGGACUUGUAUUUGAUUUCCACAAGGGAAACAUUCUGCAACUAGGAAGUGAUGGCUACAUUAGAAAAGGCAGUCACGGUACUCGUUUUAUGACUGAUGCUGAAAUAGAAGGUAUUUAUGGGCCAGAUAGAAAAUGGAGUGUGUCAGUAGCAUUUUGCCAGAAUUUGCUGGAGGCCUGGAAUGGCCCAAUGUCGGAGAAAAUCAGAACACUGUCAGAUUAUUUUGAUAUGCCAGCAGCAUUAGCGUUUGGAAGAAUAGUUGAUUCUCUGGACGUCAAAGAGGGAAAUAAACUGGAAUUUUAUAAUGUAUGGCCAGAUGUUUUGGAUGGACUUAUAUACAUGUUCAAAAGGGAAAACUUCCAUUUAGAUACAGGAGGAUAUUUUUCAGCACUGAAAAGAAAUCCAGAGAAGUUUGUUAACAAGUGCAGCAAUAAUGUUAUAAAUUGGCUGAAACAAAUUAAGCACUCUAAAGUAGUGUUCCUGUUAACAGGAUCCCAUGUUGAUUUUGCAUCUUUCACUGCCACAAAUUCGCUUGGUGCAAAUUGGAGGGAUCUGUUUGAUAUAGUUGUGUGUUAUGCACGGAAGCCUGGGUUCUUCACUGGUGCAAAACCUUUUCUGAAGCUGGAUGGACUUACAGAAACGGAUCCUAUUGGUAGUGAAGAUUUAGAGUUUGGAAAUAUCUACAGCCAGGGUAAUUGGCAAGAUCUGUAUCAGUUUUUGGCCAAGAAGACUGGGCUGCAACACCCAAAAUGUUUAUAUGUGGGAGAUAAUCUCAUUCAAGAUGUGUAUGCCCCAUCAGAGUAUACAAAAUGUGAUACUGUUGCAGUGAUAGAGGAGCUGGGUGCAGAAGGAAUGUGUGGUGAUGACACUUAUUUUCACAGCGAUGCUUCGAUCAUUGUUUCAGAAUGUUGGGGUUCAUAUUUUGGAGGCAAAGAAGAACAGCGUGAUGGAAGCAGCUUGUGGGGUAUUAUUACAAAGAAAUAUUCCAAAAUCUGUGUGCCAGACUUAGAUGUACUUGCCAACCUACCCUUAACUAAUGAAUUUCACAUGUUUUCCCAACGAGAAGAUGACUCUGAUCUUUUGGGUUAUUAUCCUGGUUGCCCAAAGAGUUUGAAGCAAACAUAAAUCCAGUUUAUUGUACUGUAAGAUUAGUUCUCAGAGUGGAGGAAGAUAUGUAUGCUGUUAACUUGUGGUUUGGGAAUAUUAUCUUUGGACAUUGUUUAUUGGCUGAAUGAAAAUAAAUUAAGUCCUUAUUACUAUAGUCCAUU